AUGAAGUCCCUCCUCAAGUGCCUGCGGCCCUCCGUCCCGGGGUCCGUGCCGGUGCCCAGCGCGUCGGGCCCCCAGAGCUCGGGCGAGGAGGGGCCCGCGGCUGGAGGCCACCCCGGCUGCGCCAGCGGCGAGGAGCAGUCGCUGGAGUUCGUGCCGGGCCGAGGCAUCGCCUACGCGCGAGAAGGCGUCGGAGAGGACGAUCUCCAGGUGGCCGAGGACCUGCAGCUCCGAGAGGCGCCCCACAGCCUCCGCACCGGAGGCCGGGCCGCUGCAGCGCGGCCAGGGCAGCCAGGCUGCGCCGUCGCGCGGCCGGAGGCGGGCCGAGAGCCCCACCGCCGAGAGCGAGGACGAGAGGCCAUCGCGGAAAGCCUCGGCCGGGCCGCCGCCUCGAGGCCCGCGGCACCGGCCGCAGGCGCACCCGCGGCGGCCGCGGGCGGCGGACCAGAGGGGGCGCCCUGGACCUGCACCUUCUGCGAGACGCGCAACUCUGGCGCGGGCAGCGCCUCUGGGAGCCCCCCCCCCGGCUCGGGGCGGGAGGCGGGAGGCGGCCGCCCUCGGGGCCGCUGCCGCGGGGGAUGCGCGAGCACAGCGCACUGCGCAGCAUCGAGCGCCCUGGUCAAAAGUCGAGGAGUUUUCGCAGUGGCGAUGUGUCAUGCUGCUGCCGGGGGAGAGCCGGUUGCAAGUGUGGCCAUGUGGCGCGCUGCUCCCAGAUGA